AUGAACGACGCCGACCUGGGCGACACCAUCGAGGAGCGAAUCGGCCAGCUCGAGGAGUCCAAGGUCCGGUCAGACAAGCGCUUCGCCAACGAUGACGCCCACCUCUACCCGAGCCGCUGGUGGUUCGCCUCCUCCGCCUUCCCCAUGAUCGCCGGUACCCUCGGCCCCGUCGCCUCAGCCUUCUCCAUAUGUGCCCUCGUCCGGCCUUGGCGCCAGCACUACCCGCCCGGCACCGACAUCACCUCCGCCGCCUUCGUCAAAGACCCGAAAUGGCUCAUCAUCGUCAAUGCCAUCCAGCUCAUCAUAGCCCUUAUCUCCAAUGUCUUCCUCCUCCUCAACAUGGCCCGCCGCGUGCGCUUCUCCCUCGCCCAGCCCAUCACCAUCGCCGGCUGGUACGCCUCGGCCGUCUGCCUCAUCGCCCUCAACGCCACCGCCGCAGGGCCUCUCGUCCUCAAGUCCGCCGACGAGUACAUCCUCUCCCAGGCCUUCUACUACGGCAUGUUCGCCGCCAUCCUCUACUUCGUCACCGCCUCCCUCAUGAUCGUCACCGUCUACGGCGCCAACACCCGCCACUACUCCAAGGACUUCCAGCUCUCCCUCGCCCAGCGCACCCUCAUGCUGCAGACCAUCCUCUUCCUCCUCUACCUCCUCAUCGGUGCCCUCGUCUUCUCCACCAUCGAGGGCUGGGCCUACCUCGACGCCGUCUACUGGGCCGACGUCACUCUCUUCACCGUCGGCUUCGGCGACUUCGCCGCCGCCACCCACCUCGGCCGCGCCCUGCUCAUCCCCUACGCCCUCGUCGGCGUCAUCAGCCUCGGUCUCGUCAUCGGCUCCAUCCGAAGCCUCGUCCUCGAGCGCGGCCGCCGCCGCCUCGAUGCCCGUAUGGUCGAGAAGAAGCGCCGCCAGCUCAUCCGCAAGAUGACCCGCAAGGGCAAGGACGAGGUCCUCAAGCCCAUCCAUCAGGACUCCGGUCUUUCUUCGGCGCGCAGCGCCGAGCUGGAGCGCCGUGAGAGAGAGUUCAGCCUCAUGCGCAAGAUCCAGUACGAGGCCUCCGUCCGCCGCCGCUGGAUGGCCAUGUCCAUCUCCCUCUCCUCCGUGCUAAUCCUCUGGCUCGUCGGCGCCAAGAUCUUCCAGGAGUGCGAGCGGCCAUACCAGCACUGGUCGUACUUUGACGGCUUCUACUUCGCCUUCGUCACCCUCACCACCAUCGGCUACGGCGACCGCACCCCCAUCUCCAACGCCGGCAAGGCCUUCUUUGUCUUCUGGUCCCUGCUGGCCCUGCCCACCAUGACCGUCAUGAUCUCCAACGCCGGCGACACCGUCGUCAAGGCCGUCCGCGACACCACCCUCGAGCUGGGCAACAUCACCAUCCUGCCCGGCGAGCUCGGCUUCCGCAGGGACCUCAAGUCCUUUCUCCACCACCUCUCCUGCGGUACUCUCUUCCGCCCCUCCGAGAAGGACGAGGAGACGCAGACCGAGGACGAGGACGAGGACGAGGACAACGGGCUCCCGGCAGGCUUCUUCUCUAAUUCCCACCGUCGACGCCAGACCUCGUUCGAAACAGACGGCGAAACCGACAGGACGGAAGCGUACUCCCUCCGCAGGCCUCAGCCUCCGUCCGCGCCCGGGCUCAAACGCUCACACAGCACCCAGCAAUCGUCGCCGGACCUCGAACACCGCGAGAAACAACCCGACCAGCGCGAGCCUGCCACCCCCGGCCGCAGCCGCCGCCGCUCCUCUCCCCACAUCCGCUCCCCGACCACGCCCCUCCCAGCCUCCCGCGCGGACUACCACUUCCUCCUCAUCUCCGAGAUCGCCGUCGUCCAGCAGCACAUUAAAGAGAAGCCCGCGCGGCGGUACACCUUUGCCGAGUGGGCAUGGUACCUCAAGCUCAUCGGCGAGGACGAGUCCAACCCCGCGACGCACCGCAAGGCGCGCCCGCACAGGCACGGCAAGAAGCGGGGCAAGAAGAGCGGCGACGCAGACGACGACAGGGAAGGCAAGUGGUGUCUUGAGGACAAGUGGUCCUGGGUCGGGCCGCAGUCGCCGCUGAUGGGGAGCCAGGAGGAGAGCGAGUGGAUCCUGUCGAAGCUCAUCGCCAAGCUGCGGGACGAGCUCGACGUCGUGCGGCGCGAGGAGCUGGAGGGGAAGAGCGCGGCGGACAGGGAGCGCGACCUGGCCGACGAGGAGAAGGGGCGGGACGAGGUGCGGGAGACGGCUCGCGAGUGA